AUGAGUGAGGUUGGCCACAAGGACCUCUCGAAACUCCUCCAAAGCAAGAGGGAUUACAACAAUGCAAUUGUAACCACUCGCAAAAGGAAGCUGCGCGAGCUGUUCGCGGUCGCGACCGGUGCAGCGGCGGAGCCUUCCAACGAUGGAGUCGUCGCCACAAACAACGACGUGUCCGCCUCAGCACCGGCCGAAGCAGCGUUCCUCGAACACAAUCAAAUAUCUUCGGCCAAGAAGUUCGACGAGUCUAGCAUCCCGACGCGACACCAUCUCCCGUUCGACAUUUUGUCUCGAUCGCUGUCACUCUUGGGGUACAAUGCGCCGAUCACGACAUUGCCUAUACCUGCGACAGAACACAGGCGCCAUGUCUCGCCGCAGACGAGUCGAGGCUUGCAUCGAAAACUAUCGCCAGGGACAGCCUCGACAGUAACAGCAACACCGACGCCCCCUCCCCCGGCCCAGAGGAUAUCACCAUCGGGUCAGAGAACAUCUGAUGCGAAACCUCCGACACCCCGAGCAGGCGGCGCCACCCCGAUUGUGCCGCGACCUUCGUCAGCGGGGCCGGCGCAUCUGGCCCAGAAACCUGCAACGCCUCCUGUAUCUCUUCAGCAGCCUCAUAAGAAGCCGACAUCUCAGCCAACACCCGCCGGAACUCCGUCACAGUCUAGCACGGCUACCGUACCGACCCUGCAGCAGCCAGUGCCGCGGCCACUGCCACCGAAGAAGAUCGCGGCGAAAGAGUCCAUUCCUGUGCAUGCCCCACGACCAAUUGCACCAGCGCCACCGACGCCAGCCACAAACGCAAUUGCUAGACCUAUCAGCACCGAACCCAAAGGCACCACGAAUGGAGUAUCGUCAUCGCCGGCAGCUCACGCCACAUCGAGAAGCGAAGGAGCAGGGACACCGACCGAUGCGCUAUCAGGACGACGGCCUCAGCAAAGGGCCGGGCCACCUCCACCGCCGGCUACAGGCCCGCAGAAUGUCAGUCAGGCGCAAGCCCAACCGAUAGUCGAAAAACCCUCCGAGGCUGCUGCUGUCGACACUCGGAUUCCCGACGCCCCUUCGUCGCCCGAAUCCAUAGCUCCCAGUGCAACUACCCCGGCCGUACACGAUGUCUCGACUGAUACUAGUCCCGAUCAUGAGCCAUCCCACUAUGAAGAGCCAGGGCCAGAGAAGGGGAAGGAAAGGGUGCAAGCCCAGGACAUGGGACUACCUGCAGCUGCUUCUAUCGGAGCCAAAACAAUGGAAUCGACAAUACCCGGGCCCGAGGAAGUUGUGGAAUCCGCAGAGGACCAGCUGUUGCGUGAAUCUCGACAAUCGACAGAAGCGAAAAUAAUUGCGCAGGAAAGUCAGGGUGAUGCUGAAAGUGGUACUACGAGCGAGGCACCCCAUGAAGCCUCAGCUAGCAAAGCGGCUAGUGUUGAGGCUCAAGGUGUGCCUCCGGCUCUCGUUGGGUCGAAGGCCCCCGCUCUUGAGUAUGCACUUGCACAAAAGAGCACAGAUCCAGCAAUUUCGCUUGAAAUCCCUGACAGUCGCGAUGUGUCCGUUGAUCGCAUGGAUGUCGAUGUCUCUUCAGGAACUAAAGACGCAAAACCCAGCACUGUGUCACAGACGAGUCGGGUCGAGCCUCCAACCAUCAAAGAUGCCCGUGAAGCAGAAUCGACACCACCCACUGCCAGUAUCAAUGCCACUGCGAAAACAACCGAGGAGCCACCCGUGGCGGAGCGCGCUGUCACAAGAGUGUCAUCCGGUGCGAUGCGUCCGAAGUCUGUCAACGAGAUUGUCAGCAGCCUUGCUGCACAAGAUAGCCGCGCUGACAGGCAUUCGGAGCCUCGUGACCACCAGCUCACGCCCUUUACAUCAAUGUCGCAAUCGCCGACACCGCGAAGCCGGCGCGUCUCAUCAAUGCGCAAAGACAGGCCGAAGGGGCAGGUAUCUGCCGUGCUCUUUGGGAAGCAACCCCAGCGGAUAGAUGAGAGCGAGCUUACCGUCGGAAACAAGGAGUCCGCUCAGCCUAUUGAUGACUAUUACAUGCCUCUGUUUAUUCAAGGGUUCGCUCGUGGGUCGCAAUGGAUGCAACCAUUGGAGAAGAUGCUCUACCACGCCAAUAAAACCUUCUCCACGAGUGAGUCGCUCAUGACGAUCCAAGACCAUCAGGCCUGCAAGGUUUUGCACCGGGUUUAUCACCUUCAAAGCAGCGAUAAGUGGACAUUACGGCAGCCGAAACGAGCCCCAGAGCCUACGAGACCCGCCAGUCAAUGGGACGUCGUCAUUCGUGAAGCAAAGUGGAUGCGUACAGAUUUUAGAGAAGAGCGCAAGUGGAAGAUGGCCGUUGCUCGCAACUUUGCCCAAGCAUGCGCUGAGUGGUGUGUCGCGACCCCUGAAGAGAGGAAGUCGAUGCAAGUCAACGCGCGGAUUCCUUCCAAAGAGGAUGCAGAAAUCGAGGAUAUAUCUAUGGCCGAGGGCAAGGAGACAACGCCUGACCUGGUACAUGACAGUGCUGCCUCGCCGCGGGUUGUUGAUGAACUCGCGGAUGUCUUCCCCGAGACCGCGGCGCCAUCCGCCAUUUUUGCUUUGGAGGAGGAUGACGUCGUCUUUGGCCUCCGGCGCUCCGCCGCAGCAGAUCAGUUGCUAGAAGAGCUGCCGAUGUAUUGCCCGCCUUUGAAAAUUCCCCAAUACGACCCUUUGGCGCCACAAUUCGACCCCGAUGCACGAUGGCGACGACCAGCUUUGCCUCUGAGCAAAUAUGUGGAGGGACAAAUGAGGUUGACGAACGAAGGUCCACCUCGCAAACGCAGCCGUUACAACUACCACCAUGAAGAUUCUGAUGAUGAGGACGACGCCCCUUUUCUUAACGAACCGGCAGUGUAUGCCCAGCUACCGCCCAUCACCGACGAAGUUGCUCUGUUCCGACCAGAAAUGAAGCCUAUUCGCGACAGACUUCACGCAGGCCAUCAGUUUCGGCCACCCACGGACCAUCAAAUGCCCCUUCAGAGCUUCUACGAACAUCGUUCGCCAUCCAUGUGGACGCAAGCGGAAGAUGACCAUCUUCGUAGUCUCGUUUGUGAGUAUUCCUACAACUGGCCUUUGAUCUCGAGCAUGUUGGAGAGUAAGUCCCUCUAUUCCUCAGGAGCAGAAAGGCGUACGACAUGGGAGUGCUUUGAGCGUUGGAUCCAGCUGGAGGGUCUCCCGUCCGACAUGCAGAAGACAGUCUACUUCAAGGCAUACCAAAGCCGGAUUGAGGCGGCACAGCGCGUCGUUGCCCACCAGCAAGCUGCAAGGGAACAAACGGCGGCAGCAAAUGGUGGUCAGCCUCAGCCCACGAGACGACGCACAACAGUACCCAUGCGCGUGGAGCGCCGACGAAACCAGAAGCAUUUGACCCUGCUCGAUGCCAUGAGGAAGAUGGCCAAGAAACGCGAACUGGCCAAGCAAAAGAGUGAGCAGGCCGCGCAGACAGCGCAGCAGAAUGCUGCGAACCGACCGAACAUGAUGCAGCAGCCAAUGCGUGGAGCGUGCAAGACGCCUCAGGAGUACAGCCUGCAGCGUUGGAGGAAGGAUCAGGAGCUUGCCGAGAAGUUGUCCAACUUUGCUACCAGCAACAAUGCUGCAAGACGGGCUGCCGCCAUGCAAGCUCGAGCGCAACAAGUUCAGGCACAUGGGCAAUUGCCGCCAGGUACGCCUGGGUCUCGCCCAGGUUCCAAUGGCCAGCAUCCUCAACAGCAGCAGCAGCAGCAGCAACUUCAAGGCGGUCCAAACGGCCAACCGCGUCCUCCCCAACAGGCAGGCAUGAACAACGGAAGACAGCCUCAAGCUCGCAUGGCCAUGCCACUGCCUCCAAAUGGCAUGUUGCCUAAUUCGCAAGUCGGCGGUCACGCCCCAGUCGCGCAUAUGAGUGGUGGUGCCCAGCACCCACAGAUGCAAAACAUGCAGGCCAUGCAAGGUCCCCAGCGGGUUGCGAUGCCUCCGCAGCAUCAGAGCCAGCAACAGCACAUGGCACAGGGCCAGCAGCAGGGGGUCCAGCAACAGCCGGACCCGAACAUGGUGAUGAGGGCACGGCAGCUAUCGGAACAGCAAAGGCAAGCUGUGCAAGCCCAGCAGCAGCAUAUGCAAGUGCAGGGCCAGCCGCAACAGCAGCAAGGCAGCAACGGCGGAACCCCAAGGCCCCCGUCUGCCCACAAUGCUCAGCACUCCCCCUCACCAAACAUGGCCAACGGCCUCGUCAAUGGCGUAGCCAACGGCAUGCAAGGCAUGAAUUACCAAAACUUCGCCAACAACAACCAGCAAGGGAUGAUGGCGGCGUUCAAUCAAGUGAACAACAGCGCUAAUGGACAGGCCUCCCCUCAGGCCGCGCAACAGAGUGUGUACACUGCUUCGCCAGGCUCGUCUUCACGCGUGACUACUCUGCCAGCCCCGUUCCAGGCACAGCUGCAGCAGCUGGAGGCACAGAUUCGUCAAAAAAAUCCUACUGUGAAGCCUGACCAAGCAAGACAGCUGGCUAUGGACCAUAUGCUCAAGGCUUUCCAGCAACAACAGAGACAGAAUGCCAUGUCGUCGGCGGCGGGCGUCUCAAGCGGUGGCCAGGCUAACCAAGCGCAGGUGGGCAUCGCAACAGGCAACAUUGGCGCCACCACGAGUCCACAUCAGUAUGCGCAGCUUUUGCGACAGCAGCAGCAAGCUCAAGCCGCCCAGCAGCAGCAGCAACAACAACAACAACAACAACAACAACAACAAGCCGCGCAGGCUCAGCAGCAGCAACAGCAGCAAGCAGGCCAGCACCAGCAAUCGCCACCUGUAGUGAGGCAAAGUAGCGAGGUUGCUACGCCGACUGCUCAGUAG